AUUUGCACAUUGCGGUUUAAUUUCCCCUUUUUAUUAUAUUAACUUUAUUAUUUGCGAUAUAUCAGGAAAAAAAGAUUUCUCUAUUUUUCUAAAGUGUUCUGUGGAAAGUUUGAAGAGAGAAAUGAGUGCAACUUAUUUAAAAUCUUUAAAUAAUGAGAAGCUUAGGGAAUUUCUCGAUUCAUUCGACACCGUCUUAACAGAUUGCGAUGGAGUUCUCUGGAUACAUUUAACAAAAUUGCAUAAUGCCUCGGAAGUAAUGAACACUUUCCGGGAUGUUGGAAAACGUGUUUUUUACGUGACAAAUAACAGUACAAAAACAAGAAAAGAAUUUGCGGCAAAAUGUGACAAUAUGAAUUUUAUUGCCCAAGAGGAAGAUAUUCUUUGUACUGCACAAUUGGUUGCACGUUAUGUCAAGGAUCUCGAAUUAAAGGGAAAAAUUUACGUUGUUGGAAGUGAAGCAAUUGGAAAAGAAUUAAAGAGCAUUGGUAUCGAAAGUUUUGGCUGGGGUUCCGAUUCUCUCAAUUGUUUAUCGGAUAUUUUGAAUAUUAAAACCGAACCGAAUGUCGAUGCAGUUAUUGUUGGAUUUGAUGAGCACAUAAGUUAUCCAAAAAUGGCAAAAGCAGCGACUUAUUUGAGAAAUGAAAAAAUUCACUUUAUCGGUACAAAUACCGACGAGAAUUUUCCAUCCGAAACAAUUGUUUGUCCUGGAACUGGAGCAAUUAUCAAAGCAAUUGAAACUUGUUCGGGAAGAAAAGCGACUGUUAUUGGAAAACCAGAGACAUAUAUGAGUAGUGUAAUUAAAAAAGAUUAUAAAAUUAAUCCCGAGCGUACAUUAAUGAUUGGUGAUCGUGCGAAUACGGAUAUUUUAUUGGGCACACGUUGUGGAUUUAAAACAUUACUUGUACUCACGGGUGUGACGUCAAUAGAAGAAUUGGAAAAAUGGCAAAAAUCUGAUUCGAAAGAGGAAAAAACAUGGAUACCCGAUUAUUAUACCGAUCAAUUGGGCGAUCUUUUAUCAAUGCUAGAAAAAUAUAAAACAGAAAAAAGCGAUUGAUUUUUUUGUAAUUUUUCAAUUAUUAUUUUAGCACAAAUUUUUUUUUUUAGAGAAUUGGUUUUUUUUCCGUAAAUGUAUUUUGUUAUUUUUAAAAUAUCGUAGAUAAUUAAAUUAGUGUUAUUAUUAUUAUUAUUAUUAACGAAUAUUUUCGAAUAUUUAUUGGCGCAUUUAUUUGAAUAAUUAUGAGAUUAUAUUUUAAGCACUGACAUAAUAUUUAUUUUAUUAUU